UGCAGGAGAAAGACCCGCCCCCCUCCAACCCGCAGGACCCGCGAGCUGCUAGCCAUGUACACCUUGAUGGGAGGCGGGCUAUUGUGUGCGGUCUCAGGCCUGGUCCUUCUCAUCGUUGCCACGGCGACCGACUUCUGGAUGCAGUAUCGCUACUCGGAGAACUUGAGCAACCAGGGGCUCUGGAGGUUCUGCGUGAGCGGCAAGUGCCACCCCCACACCGUCAGCAUUGGAGCGACUCUCCGGGUCGUAUCUAGGAUGCAGCUCAUGCAAAAUGCAGCCACUCACAUCCUGCCAGCCUUCUGGGACGCCACCCGGGCAUUCAUGCUGCUCUCCAUCCUCUCCUGCUUCGCGGGCAUCAUCCUGGGCCUCACCGCCUUCUCCAGCAACUCCAGGGCAUCCCGGACCCGCUCCGCUGGCAUCACCCUGCUGAUCGCUGGUCUCCUGGCAUUGCUGGGGCUGUCGGUGUACACUGGCGUGACAGUGAAUUUCUUCGGUAAGCGCUACGCUAACUGGCGCUUCUCCUGGUCCUACAUCCUGGGCUGGAUCGCUGUCAUCCUCACCCUCUCGGCAGGCAUUUUCCACAUCUGUGCUGUCUCCAAGAGGCCGUCCCCGGAGAGCUCCAAUGUGGCGAGCGGCUGAGCGGGCACCACACCUGCCUGGACGCACGGCCUGGUCCUGACAGCUCCCCCACCUCACCCCCUGCCCUUGCUCUGAUGGCUCCCCGCCCUCCAGUGACAUGCACCUGGUCCCGGCCAAUUCCCGCCCUCCAGUGACGUGCACCUGGUCCCGGCCCAUCCCCGCCCUCCAGUGACACGCACCUAGUCCCGGCCAAUUCCUGCCCUCCAGUGACACGCACCUGGUCCCGGCCAAUCCCCGCCCUCCAAUGACAUGCACCUGGUCCCAGCCAAUUCCCGCCCUCCAGUGCCAACUGCCAGGCCCCAGCCAAUCCCCAACUUCCAGUGACACUUGCCUGGCUCUGGGCCAAUUCCCGCCCUCCAGUGACAUGCACCUGGUCCCGGCCAAUUCCCGCCCUCCAGUGCCACCCGCCUGGCUCUGGGCCAAUCCCCAAUCUCCAGUGACACCCGCCUGGCUCUGGGCCAAUCCCCACCCUCCAGUGCCACCUGCCAGGCCCUGGCCAAUCCCUGCCCUCCAGUGAUACCCACCUGGCUCUGGGCCAAUCCCCACCCUCCAGUGACACCCACCAGGCCCCAGCAAAUCCCUGCCUCCAAUGUCCCCGCUAGGCCCCAGGCCAAUCCCUGCCCUCCAGUGAUACCAGCCAGGCCCUGGCCAAUCCCCACCCUCCAGUGACACCCACCAGGCCCCAGGCCAAUCCCCGCCCUCCAGUGACACCCACCAGGCCCCGGCCAAUCCCCGCCCUCCAGCGCCACCCAACAUGGCGUCCUUUGCCCUGUCCCAGCCCCCUCCCCUUGGCCAGGCGUGGUGCCCAAUGCUGGCCUUGAUCCUGAUGUGCCAGUGAUCUGAAUGUGCCAAUAA